CCAGAGAACUUCUCCAAUGGCUCCAAUCCCCCCAAAAAACUCCAUCAACCAUUUCACCCAUCCAGGCCACCAACUAACCCCCCUCGACGGCGCCGACUACCUCUGCGACGGCUGCCGGACCACCGGCUCAGGGAGGAAAUUCCGGUGCAGCCACGGCUGCGACUUCGACCUCCACGAAUAUUGCGCCACGUGUCCCCUCCAACUGAUCGCCUCCACAAUGCACCCGGCCCACGCCCUCACGCUGGUGAUGCGCAAACCGGACGGCUCACGCCGGCUCGACCGGGUCUGCGACGUCUGCUCCGACCCGGUCGAGGGGCUGUUCUACCGGUGCAAGGAGUGCGAGUUCGACGUGCACCCGCUGUGCACCCAACUCCCGGACCUCCUGAGCCACGCCCUCCACGCUGUCCAUCCCCUCCACCUCAGCUCUCCGGGAAACCCUAGUUUCUGCGCAGUCUGCAGAGGCACGUGCGACGGAUGGCGGUACACGUGCCGGGGAUGUAAUUUUGAUAUCCACCUAGAAUGUGUCCUCGUACCUGUCGUCGUCCCUGCCGUGACACGUCAGCGUGGCGUUCCGAGGAGGUAUGGAAAUGGGAAUAUUCCUAAUUUCGGGCCUGGAGGAAAUGGGAACUUCUUUAAUCCGUACAACAAUGGUGAUCAAAUGAAUUAUUAUUAUUAUAAUAAUUAUAAUUAUAAUUAUCCAGGUUUUAUUAAUUAUUACCAGCAGGUGGGUGGUAAUGGUAAUGGAAAUGGUAGUACUGGGAAGAAGAGGAAGUCGAUGUUUGCUCUGGUAGGACAGCUGGGAUUUGGUGUGAUAUCGAAUAUGGUAUUUGGAGUCGAUUUAACUUCUCUUUUUACUGGUUGACAAAAUUAAUGAUGUUUCUGUUGGGACAGGAUCAACUCAAGACUAGUGGAGUUUUGGUGGGAUUUAUAAGGUGUUAAAUUUUUCACUAAUUUUUCAAUGUGAGACUUGAAUUUGCAUUCCUACAGCUUCCUUCCGGUUGUAUGAUUUGA